AUGACUGAACCGGAUUCGGUGGUUUCGCCGCUCAAAAAGAACGGCAUUGUCCCGGGCGACUCAACAGACCAUGCUCUCGUUGACCAGAAUCUCAAUCAUAAACAGGCCGGCCCUCCUGAAAUCCCUCAUAUCACCUCGAAUUAUGUCCCAUUGUCCCAGAUAAUUGCCAGUCUGACUAUUCAUUCACAUGCUGAAUUGCAGAAUGUCUUGGAAACCCUCCCGUCAGUCAAGUCGGAUCACGCCAAAAAACGCCGACUGCUGGAUUAUCUGGUCAAAUCGCGAAGGGAGUUUGUAAAACUCUAUGUUCUGUCGAAAUGGACUAAUGUUAGUAAAGAUAUUUCCCAGUGUAUUGAUGUGGUAUCGUGGUUAACAGGCCAACAAAACUGUUUUAAUAAUGUCGUCAACGUGCUUUACACCAUAGAACGAGGUCUGGGAGGUGCGAAAAUGAGAGACCCAGACAUCGAAACCGCUUUAGAAGUGCUGAAAUUCGGUAAACCUCUACAAAAAGGCUAUCAUGAUUUCGUUCCUUUAAAACCAUUAUCUCCAAAAUUGGUAUUAAGUACGCUUCAUGAUUUGAAUGUGUUAUUAUCCAUUCGUCUGGCUUUGAGUGAGGACUUGCCUAGCGAGUAUAGGAAUUAUGAAAUUUCCGAUGGCAGGGUCAAGUUUACUAUUGGUGAUUCGUUUAUAGUGGGAUUGGGUGUUGCCGAUGAUAGUGUAGAUGCACAGUUUUUCUUUAUUGAUUUCCGGUUCUCUUUUGAAGGCACUAAUAAGAUUGUACCGCCUCUGAAUGUGAGCUCGAGAUUGGAGAAGAUUGUUAAUUCAAUGUUGGCUGAUAAAACGAAAUCCUUGACCGAUGUUUUCCAUUGGCUUCUACGGUUUACCUUGAACUAUAAACUCAGCAUUGUUAAUGAUCAGUUGGCUACUUUAGAACGGGGUCUUUGGAGUGGAGUUCUUACUCACCAGUUUUAUCCUGAUAAAUCACUGCUAAUUGUUAAUUACUGGACUGGCAGACCGGGGCCUAGAAACAUUAUUCGCAUUGGUCUUUCUAAGGCACACAAAAUCAUGGUCUGUUGGCAAAGAGAGGGUCGAGAUGUGGCCGAUUCAUUACUUCAAAGCUCACCUGUGGUUUCUUCUUUUGGCCAAUAUGAUCUGAAUGUCGAGGCACUGCUAAACGAGAUCAUUUCUCUUCAUAUUCAUUAUAUCAUUGAACACAUUUACAAUGCUCUCGAAGAGGCUGAUAGUAGUUCUGGAUUAACAACAUCUAGCAGAUCUGGAGCUGGCAAUGUGAGCAGCACGGGCAUUUCUACUGCAUCUGGGCAUAACACCAAUCAAAGUAACGACGUCAGUGCUUCGAGUGGACCUGCCAAUACUACUGAUCGAAGUGAAGACCAGUCUGAGACUGCAUCUGUCGUGGUGUUGUCUCCAGACAAGAUCAAGAUCCAACUGUGUGGAUUAAAAUACAUCACCUUUUCAAUUGACCCAUUAGGAGGUAAAUGCGUGCUUCAAACACCUACACAACUUAUUCUUUCGGCCGAAAAGAACCUCAAUGAGCUUGCUGAUGUAGUGAGCCAGGGUCCUGACAUCUUUUUCAAACUACGAUACAUCUCUCUACAAGAAGAAAUUACACAACGCGCUAAAGCCGCUGGCUGGGUCGCUAAUAACAACAUUAAUAUCUCAUCUGAUGACAUGAAACGUCACUUUUACGACAAGGAUCCUAAUACCGUGAGUGUUUUCCCACUUCGACUGCCCCAAUGGGCUCCAUCUUGGUUUUUACUUGUGUCACUGGGACGCAACAGACAUCCCAAAUGGUACAUGAGUCGACUUGAAUGCUCUGGCCGUUCCAGACUACCGUCUAUUUGA